CAUGUGUGGGCUGUGUCUUGUAGCCGUCACAUCUGAUGUUAUGUUCAGCCACUUUAGAUUCAUAUGAAUUAAACAAACGAGGAGAGAGAGAGAGCGAGCGAGAGAGAGAGAGAGAGAAAGCUUUGGAUUGCUUUUGUUCAGGUGUUGCGGUUCGACAUCAGAGACAUGUAGUGCAUACAGAGUUGAUAUUUAUUGAGGAAAACUUUCCCAUGACAUAUGUAGAGAUGUCUGGUGAUACUAGCAUGUUGUCAUGGAAACCGCCUCCAGCCGCUCCACAGCAGGAAUCGGCCGGCGUUGUUGAGACGGGAACGAUAAGCAGAGGGUCGGUUAAAAUCCUCAAAGUUUGCUUCAUAAGCAACAGUGCCAACCUGGGCAAAAACUUUAAACUGGUCAAAUGUGAAAGCACCUGGAAUAUCAGGAAAAUUAUUCAGUCCAUCCUGGACAGCGGGCGUCUCGGACCCAACAUCAAGUUCCCAGAAUGCUUUGCUCUGCUGCUGAAACAUCUGAAAUCAGACGAGGUUCAUUGGCUGCAUCCGGACCUGACCAUCGCCGAGGUGGAGCAGAAGUACGAACAGCAACAUGUCGAGGCAGAAUGGAGAUAUGACUUAAGGAUUCGUUAUAUUCCUGCUGAUUUCUUGGAAAAGUUAAAAGAAGACAAUACAACAAUGUUGUAUUUCUACCAGCAGGUACGCAGUGAUUACAUGCAGCGCUAUGCUAGUAAAGUAAGUGAUGGGAUGGCGUUGCAGCUGGGCUGUCUGGAGAUCAGGAGGUUUUAUAAAGACAUGAAUGCUAACGGUCUGGAGAAGAAAUCCAACUUUGAGCUUUUGGAGAAAGAGGUCGGACUGGAGUUGUUUUUUCCUCCGCAGUUGUUUGACAAUAUGAAGCCGAAGCAGUUAAGGAAACUGAUCCAGCAGACGUUUCAGCAGUUUGCUCUGCUCAAAGAGCAACAGUGUAUCAUGAAGUUCUUCGAGACCUUGUCCGUCUUUUCCUGUUUCGAUGAAGAAGUUUUUCCCUGUGAGCUGGUGCAAGGCUGGAGUGUGUCUGUGGAUCUGGUCAUUGGUCCUAAAGGUAUUCGGCAACGCACGGACAAAACUUCAGCGCCUGUCUCUCUAGCCAAUUUUUCGCAAAUUCGGAGUAUUAAAUGUUCCCUUCAGAAUGACAAUAAAGCACUGGUACAUGUAGAUAUAGAAGGAGCAAAACAGCCAUUGUCCAUAAGCACAGCGUCUCUGGCCGUCGGUGAGAACAUGGCUGAUUUAAUCGAUGGUUAUUGUCGUCUGGUGAACGGCACGGCGGCGUCUUUAAUAGUGCGACCCAAAGACAGAAAAGAAAGACAUUCUCUACCUCCUUUACCCGGCAGCAAGAAGGAAAAUGCCAGUUUUGCCAAGGAAAGCAAAAAUGCAGAUAUAUAUGUAGAAAUACCAGAAGAUAAACCAGAGACCAACGAUAAAGUCAGCCUGUCACGAGAUGAUGUCGUUCUGGGCCGGAUUCUGGGGGAAGGUUUCUUCGGAGAAGUUCACGAUGGAGUCUACAAGAGCAAAACAGGAGAGAGAAUAAACGUAGCAGUGAAAACAUGCAAGGACUGCACGGCUGAAGUCAAAGAAAAGUUUAUGAGCGAAGCAUUGAUCAUGAAAAAACUGGAUCAUCCACAUAUUGUUAAACUGAUAGGAAUCAUUGAAGAGGAUCCGGUGUGGAUUGUGAUGGAGCUUUAUCAGUAUGGAGAGCUAGGAAAUUACCUAUUGGAAAACCAGCACAAACUUACCAACGUCACUCUGAUCUUGUUCAGUCUGCAGAUCAGUAAAGCUUUGGCUUACCUCGAGGGUGUCAACAUGGUACAUAGAGAUAUAGCAGUGAGAAAUGUGCUGGUCGCCAAACCGGACUGUGUAAAACUGGGAGACUUUGGCUUGUCCAGAUAUAUAGAAGAAGAAGAGUAUUAUAAAGCCUCUGUAUGUCGAUUACCCAUCAAAUGGAUGGCCCCGGAGUCUAUCAACUUCAGACGGUUUACGUCAGCGAGUGACGUCUGGAUGUUUGCUGUGUGUAUGUGGGAGAUGAUGAGUCGCGGCCAGCAGCCGUUCUUCUGGUUGGAGAAUAAGGAUGUGAUCAAUCAGCUGGAGCAGGGCGUCCGCCUGCCCAAACCCGAACACUGUCCACCAACCCUUUAUUCACUCAUGACACGCUGCUGGUCACACGAUCCCCGUGAAAGACCAAGCUUUACCCAACUAGUCUGCAAGCUGAGUGAUGUCUACAAAAUGGAGCAGGAGGUGGAGGUUGACCAGCAGAAGGAUCGAGCCCGUUUCAACACACUCCCAAAAAUGACAUUCGUAGAUGCUCCACCAAAGCCUUCAAGAAUGAAAUCAUCAGGUUUCAACACUCUUGGUCCACAUAACCAGCUCCCCGAAUCUCUUUGUGUCAGCUCACCAAGCCUCGCAGGUUCAUCAGACCCCCGUAGUACCUUCGCAUCCGGCAUGCAGACGCUUCCCAUGUCCUCUCGCCGCGGCAGUAUAGGGGGUCGGUCAGAGUUCUGCAGUAGAGAAGACCCUCAUCGUGUCUGGGACCUGGAGCGUCUGCACAUACAGGACACUUUAAAGAGACAAAAACAGGAGAUGGUGGAGGACAACAAGUGGCUGGAGAAGGAAGAAAAGCUUUUGGAUCCAUUUGCCAAUGACGAUACGAUGGCCAACGUGACAUCUGAAAAUGAGACAAAACAAGCUCAUUUUCAGGGUCCACCUGAUAAACCUCCGCGGGUAUCUGCUCAGCCAGCACCCACAGCUGAAUUGGAGCGUACCGGUGAUAUGGUUUAUCAUAAUGUCAUGGAGAUGGUCAAGAUGGUGGUCCAGCUGAAAAAUGAUGUGAACACAUUACCAACUUCAGAGUAUGUCACUGUGGUAAAGUCGAUAGGACUGACGUUACGCAGUCUAAUCAACAGUGUAGAUGACAUUCUCCCGACCCUUCACGAGUCCAUCAGAAACGAGAUUGAAGGAACUCAGAAGCUGCUGAAUAAAGACCUGGCCGAGCUGAUCAGUAAGAUGCGUCUCGCUCAGCAGAACUCCAUCACAUCUCUGAAGGAUGAAUGUAAGAAACAAAUGCUGGCGGCCGCUCACACGCUCGCCAUGGACUCCAAAAAUCUCCUGGACGCUGUGGAUCAGGCUAGAGUACGAGCGAAUAUAGCCAAACCCGUCACGUCCACUUCUGAUCUCGAGAUGGAGAACUGAGGAUGAAUUAAAGUUUUGAAAUGAAAAACUGUA